ACCUGCGUGUGUGUAAUGCUUGCUGAACUAACACCACACAACACUACCUGAUUUGCUUUCGCUUUGCUUAGCGAUUACACUCAAGAUACUUUCACUUCACUUGCCAUUGUUGGCAUUCAGUGCACACCUGUGGAAAAUUACGAUCUCCCAUCACUACCAAAAAUGUCUCAUCUCACUGAACUUUUCAAGUAUGUGGACGACCACCAGGACCUGUAUGUGCAGCGCCUGGCUGAGUGGGUGGGUGUCCAGAGUGUUUCUGCUUUGCCUGAGAAGCGCGGGGAGAUCAAAAAAAUGAUGGAGAUGGCAGCCAAGGACAUCAAGAAGCUGGGAGGGACUGUGGAGUUGGUGGACGUUGGCAAGCAGAAGCUUCCCUCGGGAGAGGAGAUCCCCCUGCCUCCUAUCAUUCUGGGGCAGUUAGGAUCAGACCCAGCAAAGAAGACGGUGUGUAUUUACGGGCACCUUGAUGUUCAGCCAGCAAACAUCAGUGACGGCUGGGACACAGAGCCUUUUACUCUGGUGGAGAAAGACGGUAAGCUCUAUGGAAGAGGAUCUAAUGAUGACAAGGGUCCAGUGUUGGCCUGGUUUAACUGCAUUGAAGCGUAUCAGAAGAUCGGAAAGGACCUUCCCAUCAACAUCAAAUUCUGCUUCGAGGGGAUGGAAGAAUCUGGAUCUGAGGGUCUGGAUGAUCUUGUGUUUUCUAGAAAGGACACUUUCUUUAAAGACGUGGACUACAUCUGCAUCUCUGACAACGACUGGCUGGGCAAGAACAAACCCUGCAUCACCUACGGCCUGAGAGGAAUCUGUUAUUUCUUCAUUGAGGUGGAGUGCGCUGAAAAGGACUUGCACUCAGGGGUGUUUGGUGGCUCUGUUCAUGAGGCCAUGACUGACCUCAUCGCACUUAUGGGCUCCCUGGUUGACAAAAGGGGUAAGAUUUUGGUUCCUGGGAUCUAUGACAGUGUGGCGCCUCUGACAGCAGAGGAGCAAAAGCUGUACGAGAAGAUUGACUUUGACUUGGAUGAGUACUGUAAAGAUGGCGGGGUUGACCAGCUGCUGCAUGACACAAAGGAGCAAAUCCUCAUGCACUGCUGGAGAUAUCCUUCUCUUUCCCUUCAUGGUAUUGAGGGGGCUUUCUCUGAAGCAGGAGCCAAGACGGUUAUUCCUCGCAAGGUCAUCGGCAAGUUUUCCAUCCGCCUUGUGCCUGACAUGGACCCUAGAGAUGUGGAGAAGCAGGUCAUCGAUCAUCUGCAGAAGAAGUUUGCUGAACUGGGAACCCCCAAUAAACUGAAAGUGAACAUGGGCCACGGGGCCAAAGCCUGGGUCUCAGACUUCAACCACCCACACUACAUGGCAGGGAGAAAGGCCAUAAAGACAGUGUUCGGGGUCGAGCCUGAUCUGACUCGCGAGGGCGGCAGCAUCCCAGUCACCCUGACCUUCCAGGAGGCCACAGGCCGUAAUGUCAUGCUGCUUCCUAUAGGGUCCUCUGAUGAUGGAGCUCACUCUCAGAAUGAAAAGAUCAACAGAUCAAACUACAUUCAGGGAGUCAAGCUGCUGGGAGCAUACUUCCAUGAGGUCUCUCUGCUGGAGUGAUUUGAUGGUUUCUCAUAAUGACAGGAAAGAUAAAUCUGUCAUAGUCUGCUGUGGGUGGCUGGAAUUUCCAUAAGGCUCCUGAACCUAUCUGGGAUCCGCCCCUGGGCAGGGCCACCACCAAGUCCAGGUCCUGCACACCUGGAGCCAAUUGCAGGCAAUCAAGCCAGAGGGAUUUAAGCCACAUGUUGAUGUUCAUUCACUGCCAGUUUGUCGUCAACCCAUUUGCUGGAUUCAUUUUGGCUCGCGCUUUACCUCUGGACUCAGGAUACCAAGCAAUCAUUUUGAAAAUCACUCUGUGCCUCACCUGGUUGCCCUCCUGCCAUCACACUCCAUCUGAAGACCCUGGAUCUCAGGUCAGCCUCGCCACACCACUCGGCUCCCCUGGAUUCUCGUCACUCCCAUCUCAACACUCUGUGUCCCCUACUGCAAUGUGACAGUUCCCUGCUCAUAUCCAUUCUGCAUCUCAGGCCCUGUUCCCUCACCCUAGCCACGUUUCCCAGGCCAUGCCACGUCAAACUCUGUCUUAUUGUUUCUUUUUGUCCUUGCUAUGUUUCUAGUGCUUAAGCCUAAUAAAAUAUUGUUAAAUCAU